UAUGCAGGAAAGAUGUCCCUUCCAUUCUGUCCUGAAAAGCUAGAAAUGUGGAAUUCCCCUGAGCAUGAUGUGAGGUUGGUUUCAGGGGUUCGUGAGAAUGGUUUAGAGGUUCACACUGACAUUAGGAAAGAUUCUCUGACUAAAAAUCUUCUACCAGUCGCACCUAAAUCACCUGAUUCUUUCACUUCUACUGGAACAGUUCCUCCCUUUUUGCUAACUCCCUUGCCUCUUAUUACGGAUAGCAAACUGCAUCUGCUAUGGCCCCAGCCUCAGGAAAUCCUGCAAACGGAAGGAGCGCCUUUCAGGACCAGGGGGACCCCUCUCCCUGUUGUCUUGGAUGCUGGAGCAGACACAACUCUUCAUGCAUCUCUUGACAUCUGGGAUGUUCAUCAGGAGAACUUUGCGUCGAACGGUGUGGGGUGUGUAGUGGAAGAUGUCGUCUGUCCAGAAGCUACCGAGAGUGGUAUAAUAUUCUGCCAUCUUUCACCAGGGUCCCAUGCCAGAUUUGAAAGCUAUAAGUUGAUCAUUAAAGAUAAGCGGAUCCGUAUUCUCUCUCCCGAUGUCAUCGGACUGCACUAUGCCCUCUGUACUCUAGGGCAGCUGUUUUCCCUGUAUAAUGAAGAUGGAGAAAUCUGUGUGCCUGCACUCUAUAUACAUGAUUGGCCUCAGUUGCAGCACCGGGCCGUUCUCCUUGACUUCUCUCCUGCUGCUAGGAAGCCUGACUUGGAAACAUUAAAGGGCUACAUAAAGGUCAUGUCUUUAUUGAAAUUAAGGCAACUUCACUGUUGUUACAAUCUGGAGAGUGGCUUUCCUUUCUCAAAUCGGGCUCUGCUUGAUUUGGCGAGGCAUUGUCGGCGACACUUUGUGGAUAUCAUACCGGUUGUAGAGUCGGAUAAAGAAGUUACAGCUGAAGACGUUGGUCAAUCUUUGCAUUGCCUUGUGAAAAUGUUUUCGACAAAAAAAGUUCAGGUUGGACCCAAUCUUUCCAAGAAGGUUCUUGCCUCAAAAGAAAUGAUGUCGCAUUUACCAAUGUUGCUGUCUAAUUGCAAGAUCUUCCUCUUUUUCGACCCAGCUGCUGAAUCACUUUCCAUGCUGCCUCUGAGUUAUGCCUUUGUGGAAGAUACAUCUCGGGUUGAGCAAGAUUUUGAUUCUGGUGCAAAAGAUCUCAUGUUGGCUGGAUUUGAUGUGUGUGUCGAAUCACAGACUGCAUCACAAGGCAGCAUUGCAGGUCGUUCUGAGCCUGCUGUUUCCAGCAUGCACCGUGCCUCUUUCUGUGCCUCUUGUCAUCGAGGCUCUUUUGGACUCUUGAUAUCUGACUACCAUGCACUACCCCAUCCUGCCCCCUUCUGCUUCAGCUGGCCUGGAAUCCUACUUGGCUUGGGACUUGCUUGGAACACCUCUGUGCACCAAGACUAUCUUCAUGCCCGUCUUCCAGAACUCUUGAACCGACAUGUGUACCGGGACCCGGAACAGGUCUUAGGUUACCUAAAUGUGGAGCUGGGCCGACUGGAAGACUUUCUGCAUGGCGCUGUGACCAACAAUGGCUCCCUUCAUACCCCUUCUGUACUGUACCAAAUGACUGUGGACCCAGACAUGGUGCAACUUGACCAUUUCACCCUUGAUCUGUUGCAACAAGUGAUCCGCCACACGAAGAAAUUUGAAGUGGAACUGUCCAAGUCAAAACCAACCUGUGACCAAUACACAGAGUGCAUCUCAGAAAUGAGGCUGGCCAUGGACCUGUUGCACUUUGCCUGCAGGCUGGGCAAAGCACUGGUAAGCACAGGCCUCAAUCCUUCUGGUGACUCAUGUGGCUUGGCCGUCAUCAACGUUGGGGUGAGCAAUCUGCCCAGCAUAGCCAAGACGGACCUUGCCAACAGAUUGCUGUCUGUGAGGGAACGUUUUCAAGCUGUGUGGCUUAGUCGCAACCUGCCCCGUGGCCUGGAGGCCUCUCUGUAUGUCCUUGAUGCCCUGCUCAGAAGGCUGGUACCUGAGGGCACCCCUCUACCCUCAGAUGUGCCCCCGAGCGAAGAUGAUUGACAUUGUAAA